AUGCCAGUCUUCACUCAGACGUGCUCCGCCGACCCCGUCAUCGUCCUCGGCGCCGACGAGGGCAUGCUCACCCUGGCCGCAACAGCAACCUGCACCUGUGAGUCUCUCCCCAUCCCCUCAGACGACGGAGGAGACUCAAUAAUGGAAUCAGCCGCCGACCACGAACUCAACGACCAUUCAGCGGACAGCAACGGUAAUGGCGGUGGUGCUCAUGCUCAUGCGAGCUCUUCACUUUUUAUUCACAUCGACGGAAUCCGCCACUGGACCACCUGCGCACUGUCACUCUCUGCCACCAACACCUUCAACCUCAACAGUCUCACACCCGCACAACGCUCAAUACUCCUCCUCAAACAACAGCAGCAGCAGUUGAUUGCCGGGUUGGCGUUGCUUCGGAAACGACAACCGCUGGGGGUUUCGGGUCCUGGCGGGGUGGCUGCAAGGAACGGCGGGUUGGGGUUGAAUAGAUGGCAGCAGUUCCCGGGAGAGAAGAAGGAUCCAUUUGAUGCUGUUCGGUUGAGGCCUUCCAGGAUUGCUCAUUUGUAUGCGGGGAGUCGGUUCCAGGGACGACAAAAGUCAGGUUCUAACAGCUAUGAAGUCAUGGUCGACAUCAAGGAUGUCAAUUUGAAGGAGUCGUCAUUAUGUGGAUACUUGCAUAUUAAAGGAUUGACGGACGAGUACCCCGAGCUGACGACAUUCUUUGAUGCCGAGAUCAUGGGGAACGCGUAUUCGUUCGUGACGAAGAAGUGGGAUGCCAACCCCAAGACCGAUAAGGAGCAUUGGACACUAUUCAAGCCAUUCGAGCCGAUGUGCGACAUAUUCGCGAAGGACGACUUCAAAUACGACUUCCAGAACAAGGAUGUGAUAUUCAUGCGGUGGAAGGAGCAUUUCCUGGUCCCGGAUCAUCGUGUCGAGGGCAUCACGGGCGCUAGUUUUGCGGGCUUUUAUUACAUCUGCUACAACAUGUCCAAGGGCGAGAUCGAGGGCUACUACUACCACCAAUCCAGCGAAAAGUUCCAGAAGCUAAUGUUGAGCCAUGUCGAGGAGCGCCCAUCCUCAUUCGGAUCCUUCGAGUUCCGUUAA